AUGGCGCCCCUUGCCCUGCUGGCCGCGGUGCUCGUCGCCCCGACCGCCGCGACCUUCAACCUGUCGAACACGCUGGGCGACGGCAUGGUUCUGCAGCGCGCCCCUCGGAGGGCCGUGGUCUGGGGUUUCGGCGACAGCGGCGCGAAGAUUAGCACCCGCGUGGCGGGCCAGACCGCUUUGAACACCACCGUCGGGUCGGACGGCGUGUGGCGGCAGGCGCUGCAGCCGAUGGCGGCAAGCGCAGCUCCAACCGACAUCACCUUCACCGAUGGCAUCGUCACCAUCACGCUGCAUGGAGUUCUUUUCGGGGACGUCUACAUGUGCAGCGGCCAGUCGAACAUGCAGUACACUCCGCUCUCGAUGGCCGGUAUGAACAACUUGACGGCCGAGUUGGCGGCCGCAGACGCUUACAGAGGCACUAUCAGGUUCUUCACUGUUGGAAUGGAAACUGAUUGUGGCCAAAUCGAUUGCAGCAAGCCCUUCUCAGAAUUGGCUCACGGCCCCAGCAUCCGCUCUAAUAUGUCAGCUCCAUGCCGUCGUGGUCGCUCUUGUCGUGAGCUGUGGGAGCCAGCAGGCUCAUCCAGUCUCGGGAGAGCUGCUUGGGACCAUUUCAGUGCCGUGUGCUUCCUCACCGCGCGAAGAAUUCAUGAUGAGCUGGGAGGAGAAGUCCCCCUCGGACUCAUCUCCAGCAAUUGGGGGGGUACGCCUGUGCAGUCAUGGGAACCUAACACAGGAGUUCUCUACAACAGUAUGAUCGCUCCGUUUGCCGUUGGGCCAAUGGCGCUCACAGGAGUUAUGUGGUACCAAGGGGAAGCCAACGUUGGUGCUGCGGGGUACUAUGCGAAGGCCUUCCCCGCGAUGAUCACUGGGUGGCGCCAGGCCUUCGCCAACCCUGCGCUGUGGUUCGGCUUUGUGCAGAUUGCUGGCUUCGGCUACUCCCGCCCUUCAGUCCGCCAGCAGUGUGAACAAAGCCACAGCUGGGCAGCUGGUGACCUCCGACAGGCCCAGCUCGCAGCGCUGGCACUGCCCAAUGUCGGGUUCACGACCGCGAUCGACACAGGGGACUGGUCGAACAUCCAUCCUCCUGACAAGCAAAAUCCUUCCUUGCGAUUGGCAAAUCAGGCUUUGGUUCAAGUCUAUCACAAGACAGUUGCUGGCGCAGACUUCCCGGUGUACGCAGGCAGCUCGGUUGCUGUGAGUCAACGGAAAAUCACAGUUAGGGUCGCAAUCAGAGGGUCGCUAAGUGGUAAGCCUAUCAAGAUCACGUCUGCAGCGCCACUGGCGGCCACACAGUCCAGCACAUUAGGCAAGCCAGGCUCUGUGCCUCGUAACAUGUGUGUCACUAUGCUCGGAUACCCGCGGCUGCCGUGUGACUGCGGGUAUCCGUACAUCUACGGUAAGUUCGCCAAUGGCACCACGCGCUUCCUUAACGCUACUGCUGCGAUAGAUGCUGAUGGGACGUCGGUUGUUUUGACGGCUGCCACGCUGGGGGAUCCUUUUGAGCCGACUGCGUCGAGCUAUGGUCGUGCCUCGUGGCCCAUGACGCUGUUCUUCGCAGAGGAGGGCGGGAACCCAGUCAUUCCGUGGUAUUCCAACUUCAGCAGCGCCGACCCGUGGCAGCCGCCGGAGCCAGGUGUUGCGGUGCUUGUCCCGGCGGUCGAGGAAGCAAACGGGCACGUCGAGUCUCCAGCCGUUUACAUCUAG